GUCAAUGAUUAGAUUGGGCACCUCAAGGCAACCAUGUACCACCAAUGUGCAUCAACAUCGGCAUAUUAUCAUCGGUCGCUCGGACAAACACCCAAACGCGAUAUCACAUUUUUCGUUUUUUCAUCGGGGCAGAUUUAGAAGCUAAUAAUUACCACAUAAGGACGUUCAUUGUACACCAGCUUCUCUUCUCCAAAGAGGGCGACUGUCAUCAAUCAAUCAUUCUUUAGGUCCCAAAUCCCCCAUCAGCAUCUGCGAUGGUCUCUCUGGAACAGAUCCAGUCAUCCAACUCUCGCAUCGCUACUACUCUCCGGCCUGGUCUCGUCGCCGUUUUCGCCGGUGCAACCAGCGGCAUCGGCGAGACCUCGCUGAAGCAGUUCGCCAAGCAUGCCGCCAAACCCCGGAUUUACUUUAUAGGACGAUCCAAGGAAUCUGGCAACCGAGUCAAAGGAGAGCUGCAGCAGCUGAAUCCCGACGGAGAGUACAUCUAUAUCAGUGCCGAUACCAGCCUGAUUGGCACUGUAGAUGAUGUCUGCCGUGAGAUUAAGAGCAAGGAACAGGCUAUCAACCUUCUGUUUCUUACUGCAGGGACACUGGUGAUGGGGAAAGACACUGAAGAGGGUCUUAACUAUCCCACGGCCGUGGCCUACUACGGGCGCAUUCGCUUUAUUGUCAACCUCCUCCCUCUCCUCCAGUUAGCGCCUGAUCUGCGCCGCGUUGUCACAGUCUUCGCAGGAACCAAGGAAGGCCAAAUAGACACAAAUGACUUCCAGGGCCGCCAUGUCCCAUUCCUUUCCCGGCGGGGCCAUGUCGCCUCGAUGAUGACCCUCGCUCUGGAAGCUAUCGCGGAGAAGGCCCCCGACGUGUCCUUCAUCCACGACUUUCCCGGUGCUGUCAAGAGCAACCUGCUGAAAGAUGUAAAGUCCAUACAUAUUCUGGUCGUGAGGGCGGUGUUUAAAGUACUUGGGCCCUUCUUAACUCUUCCAUUUGAGGAGGCCGGAGACCGCCAAGUAUUCUUCUCGACAAGUGCCAGGUUCCCGGCGGGCGUAAGUGCUGAGGCUGCUGCCACUUCCGGCGUUCCGUUGUCGCAAGUUGUCACGGUUGCACGAGGGAUAGACGGAAAAGCCGGAAGUGGUGUGUACUCAACCAACAUCGAUGGGCAGAGCGCGCCGGUAAAGGUGGAGGAGCUUCUGGCCAAGAUGAGAAGGGACGGCAUGGUGCAGAAGUUAUGGUCACACACCGAGGGGGAGUUUAUGCGAAUUACCAAGGCUGCGGCUGUGUAGAACAGUUAGCAGUCACGACAGAAACACGCGAAAGGGGGGUGGUUACUGGUGGGAUUGGGAACAUCUCUGCAAGUGAUGCAAGGAGUUGGUAGGUGGGCGGCAGGCAGGAUGUGACCCUCAGGCCAUGGCCACGGAGUGUGCAUGGAGGGCCGCGUGGGAACAGCCGAAGGAUCGGGCCACAGCCGGAUUCCGCCUGUAUUAGAGCGGGAUUAAGCUCGCCGAUACGUUUUCCCUCAGUCAAGCUGAAGUAUUCCAACGUUAAAUGUUGCUAGAUCUUCCCAAUCUACCAGAAUUUAUGCACG